CUGGAUUUGAAAUAAAACCCGAAGUUCUCCCGCAAACAAAAAAAAGUUCAACAAUGUUGGAGGUAUCAGACGGUCGCGUAUCCCCUCCCCACCGGUACAACGGUGCUAAAUUCGCGAUCGCCUAGCUAAUUCAGAGACCGUCAUCAGUCCACUCAACAGCCUAGUCGUAUGUUCUGCUGCCGAUGAUUAAUCACUCCACAAUUGGAAAAUAUAGUGCCAAAUCCACCAAGUCCUAUUUAAGCUCAUACAUUCCCUCGUAUCCUCCUCGUCUACAAAAGCCUCAGAAGCUAUUUGCACUGCUAAUUAGCUUGAGAGAUCAAGUGAUGGCACGCGCUGCAGCCACCCUUCAGCUCCUGCUGGUCGCCGUGGUGGCAGCGAUGCUCCUCGCGGCGCCUCACGCCGCCGACGCGGCCAUCUCCUGCGGCCAGGUGAACUCCGCCCUCAGCCCUUGCAUCCUCUACGCGCGGGGCCUCGCCGGCGCCCCGUCAGCGGCUUGCUGCGGCGGCGUCAAGAGCCUCGCCGCGGCGACGAAGACCACUGCCGACAGGCGCGCCGCAUGCAGCUGCCUCAAGAUGGCCGCCGGCCGCAUGACCGGGCUCAACAACGGCAACACCGCCAACAUCCCGGCCAAGUGCGGCGUCAGCGUCCCCUACGGCAACAUCAGCGCCUCCGUCGACUGCUCCAAGGUCAAUUGAUCUGGAGAUCACUCGACGGUCGACGCCACACACGGCGUUUAGCCCGGUCCACCAUCGGUGCCGAGACAGCUGACUUGAGGUUAAGUAUGCGUGGUGUUUACUAAAUAAAAGCUUGGGCAGCAUGCACGGAUGGUACAUGGUACGUAAGUAUGUGCGGUUUGUAUACAUGUACGCUGUCUAGCUGUCGAUGGACGGUACCAGCGUUUACUUAAGAGUCUAUGUUCGGUUUGCCCCACUUCGAUCGAGCAGAAUGUUGUAGUUUGUGACAGCGUCAGCAGUGUUGAUGAAUAUACUUUCCCCGUCCUCAAAUAA